CAACCUGCAUCAAAUAUUGAGAUCAAGGUUUGAAUCCUCCUAUCUUAGUUUAAAAAAAAAAAAAAGAAAAAACAUCAGACGUACAGUCAAUACAGUUUAUCUUGCUGUAGAGGAUCCGAACCCACAUCAACUACCAUUCUUCUCUCCAUUUAAAAAUUUGGAGAAACGUCCAACGAACCCAUCAAACACAGAACUCGGAUAUUUCAAAGCAAAACUCUAAAUCCAAGGUACACAAAACUUUCGUUUUUCUUCAAAAAGGCCAGAUUUUUGAAUGCCAAGUUUAGUUACAGAAUAAAAAAGAUGGUGGCGUUCGGAGCCAUUAGAAGCCAGUCAUCAACACUCCAAGACUCAUCAUCGUUUCUCAGCACAGACACCAUCAUUGCGCUCACCGUGUUCUUCGCGCUUCUAUGCGCUUGCAUCAUCAUCGGUCAUCUCCUCGAAGAGAACCGCUGGGCCAACGAAUCUAUUACUGCCCUUCUUCUGGGUUUGUGUGCUGGAGGGGUGGUGUUACUGGUGAGCAAGUUCCAGAGCUCGCAUUUAUUGGUUUUCAGUGAGGAUUUGUUCUUCCUUUAUUUGCUUCCCCCAAUCAUUUUCAAUGCUGGAUUUCAGGUCAAGAAAAAGCAAUUCUUCAAGAACUUCAAUACAAUAUUGCUGUUUGGUGUUUUCGGUACUGUAAUUUCAUUCUGUGUCAUAUCACUAGGUGCUUUUUUGCUGUUUAAAAGAAUUGGUAUUUCAACCUUGGAUGUUAAAGAUUACCUAGGUGUUGGUGCCAUAUUGUCUGCAACAGAUUCAGUUUGUACACUGCAGGUUCUCAGUCAAGAUGAGACACCCUUUCUUUACAGUAUUGUGUUUGGAGAAGGUGUAGUUAAUGAUGCUACCUCUAUUGUGCUUUUCUACUCGGUACAAGAGCUAGAUUUCAGCAACAUCGACGCUGGCUCGGCUUUGAAGUUGUUAUGGACCUUCCUUUACCUCUUCUUCACCAGUACUGCUCUUGGUGUAUCGGUGGGUCUUAUAAGCGCAUAUAUCAUAAAAACUCUUUAUUUUGGAAGGCGUUCUACAGAUCGCGAAGUUGCGCUUAUGAUGCUUAUGGCUUAUUUGUCAUACAUGUUGGCGGAGCUUUUAAACCUUAGUGGGAUUUUGACAAUUUUCUUCUGCGGCAUUGUCAUGUCACAUUACACAUGGCACAAUGUUACCGAAAGCUCAAGGAUAACAACCAAGCAUGCAUUUGCUACAAUUUCGUUCAUUGCAGAAACGUUCAUAUUCCUUUAUGUUGGUAUGGAUGCCUUGGAUAUUGACAAAUGGAAAAGCAGCAAGGCAAAUCCAGGAACUUCAAUUGCUGUUAGCUCAACAUUGUUUGCAAUGGUCUUACUCGGAAGGGCUGCUUUUGUUUUCCCAAUUGCCAAUAUUAAAAACUAUUUUCAGAGAACAGAAAGUACAAAAAUUGGAUUUAGAAAACAGUUCAUAAUAUGGUGGGCUGGCCUAAUGAGAGGUGCAGUAACUAUUGCUUUGUCUUACAACCAAUUUGCAGAAUCUGAGAAGACAUCAACAAAAGAUAGCGCAUUGAUGAUCACCUGUACAAUAAUUGUUGUUUUGUUUAGUACUGUGGUCUUUGGUUCCAUAACAAAGCCACUGAUUGAAGCUGUGCUGUUGCGGCAUUCGAAACCAUCUGGCUCAGAUGCGGCUGACAUGCCAAGUCUGGAAGAUCUACGGCUGUCGUUUUUGAUCGAAAAUGGCGAGUCAAGCGAGCAGGGAGACAAUCAGCCACCCCCUAAAAGAAGUAGGUUAGGCCUGCUGAUUAGUCAUCCGACUACAACUGUUCACUACUACUGGAGGAAAUUUGAUGACAAGUUCAUGAGACCGGUUUUUGGUGGACGGGGUUUUGUUCCAUUUGUUCCUGGUUCACCCAGAUGAGACUUCUUGAAGCCAAUUACAGCAAGCAUAUAAUUCUUGUUUAUUCUUCAUCAUCUUUUUCACUGUACAAAAAAAUGUUAGUUAUUGACACAAAUCACACUUGAGAAUGAUAAUUUAUAUGUUGUCUCAAUUUGGUUUCCGACUUUCAGAAAAUUGAUCCCAAAAAAACUC